UUGAAUCAAAGUUGCCGGUUAAUAAUAUUCAUUAACUAUAAAAUUGUUUAAAAUGUUAAUUAUUUUAAAACUACUUGGUUUGAUUACCAUAAUUUUUGCCGCUGAAGAAUCAUCAAAUGAUACAAAAGUACAAAACGAUACUUGUCCGAAAUUGAAAGCAUAUGAAUUUAAAUCAUAUAAUAAAAACUCAGAAAAAUGGACUACACAUAAAUUUUAUAGAGAAAAUUUAGCUGACAUUGAAUCACAAGUUGCUAAUGACGAUCAAAAAUCUGAUGAACCUAAUGAAAUUAAAAUUGGUCAGUGGGUAAAAGAUUGGGGAUUUGUGGCAUCACCAGAGGAAUGCGCUCGUGAAUGUAUUGCUGGAGAACCACCAAAAUUAUGUUAUUAUGAUUGAACAAUUGAAUACUAUCGCACGCUUGGCGGAGCGUGUGAUUUAUGUGUACCAAAAACAAAUUCAUCAAUUACAAGUGAUUGCCAAUGUGUUUAUGGUGAUGGUUACAAUAUUUCUGGAAUAUUAACUGUCAAUAGAAUGUUUCCAGGGCCAUCAAUACAAGUUUGUCUUGGUGAUUUGGUUGUUGUUAAAGUUAAAAAUAUGGCUCAUGAUCAUGAUAUGACUAUUCAUUGGCAUGGUAUUUAUCAAAUGAAUUAUCAACAUUAUGAUGGUGCGCCAUUUGUAACACAGUGUCCAAUUCAAAGUGGUACAUCAUUUAGAUAUAAAUGGAAAGCACAAAACAUUGGUACACACUGGUGGCAUUCACAUGCUGGUCUUCAACAAGCUAAAUUGCUUGAAGGUGUCAUUGUUGUACGACAGCCUAAAGAAAAUGAUAAUAACUGUGAUUUAUAUGAUUAUGAUGGUUUUGAUAUUCAUAUUUUUUUGAAUGAUUGGAUGCAUUCACUUCCUGAUGAGCAUUAUCCAGGUCCAGCUGGUGGAUCCAAUCUUGGUCAAUUACCUGAUAAUAUGCUCAUUAAUGGACAAGGAAAAUGGCUUGAUCCAGCUACUGGUAAAUUUACCACAACACCACUCGCUGUUAUAAAUGUUGAGCCAGGAGUUAGAUAUCGUUUUCGUAUGAUUAAUACUAUUAGCUGGGAUUGUCCUAUACAAUUUUCAAUUCAAAAUCAUAAUUUAACAGUUAUUGCAACUGAUGGGGAAAAUGUAAGACCUCGAGUAGUCAACACAAUAGCAUCUUUUCCAGCCGAACGUUAUGAUUUUAUUAUCAACGCUAAUCAAAAACCUGGAAAUUAUUGGAUUCAAGUACGAUUAAUUGGCUUUUGUUUUGACCGAGAAAUAAUACAACUUGGUAUACUUCGUUACAAAGGCUCACAAUUAACAGAACCAAAACUUGCACGACCAACUUAUAAUAAUCCCAUUGCCACUGGAAUUAUAUUAAAUAAUAUCAAUGAAGUUUGCGAUGGCAGUGAUCCUACAGCUGUUUGUAUUAAGAACUUAGAAUCAGCUGAUUCAGUUAAUCCACGAAUUCUUGCUGAGAAAACAGAUGUACAAUUUUUCUUGCCAUUUACGUUUUAUGCUUACAAUAAAAGUGAAAUUUUUGAACCCGGUACUUAUCGUCCAUUCCAGGCUCCAACUGGAGGACCAGACGGAGUCGUUCCGUCAGUUGAUGGAAUAACAAAUCGUCUUGAAACAUCACCCUUGUUAACACAAUAUGAUAACAUUCCUAAAUCUGAAAUUUGUAAUGGAAAAAAAAAGCCAAAGCAUUGUGAAAAUCAACCAGUUUGUCAGUGUACACACAUCAUUGAUAUACCAUUGAAUGCAUCUGUUGAAAUUAUCAUAUAUGACGACGAUAGAACAACGAAUUUAUCACAUCCUUUCCAUUUGCAUGGAUAUGGUUUUCAUGUAAUGGCUCAAGGCUCACAGGAUAAAGUCAAAUUAACACCAAAAAAUAUACAUAAAGCAUUGCAACUUGAUCGACAAAAAUACAAAUUCAAUAGUCGACCUCCAGUGAAAGACACUUUGCCAGUUCCACCAAAUGGAUACACAAUUGUUAGAUUUAUUGCCAACAAUCCAGGAGAUUGGCUUUAUCAUUGUCACAUAGUACCACAUUUAAUGAAUGGAAUGUCGUUUGUACUUCAUGUUGGCACUCAAAACGAUGUUCCACCUACUCCACCUGGUUUUCCAACGUGUGGAAACUUUCAGCCACCAAUUUAAAAAUAGUUGUAUAACAACAAAAUAAUGCCACUAUCUACAAACAGUCACUUUAAAGUAAAUUUAUUUAUCAUUUUAUAAUUAUUCAUUUUAAAUUAAAAUUUAAAUAAAAAUUUAAUUUGAUAAUUAAUAAUACGAUAAGACUCGAAGAUUCAGUUCAUAUAUUUUUAAAAAGGUCAUCAUCGAUUAUCUAAAUUUCAAAUGUCGAGCAGAAGCUAAAUAAAAGUUUAUAAAUCUAUGAAAAGUCUUGGAGGAGAAUGUUCUUCAAUGAAAGAAAAUUUAAUUUGCAGUAUAUCGAAUUAUAGUUGGUGAUGAUGAUAUUUACGGCUGAUGAUCAUAUUCACAGUUUCAAAUAGAUAUACACAUUAUACAUUUAAGAAAUAACAAAUUAGCUUGGUGAUGAAUACCAACAGAGCCGAAUAUAUAUAUCGACAAUGCAUCAAUAUCAAAAUAAUAGAACUAAACCUAAACACUAGAAUUUUUAUUCAUGAAAUAAUUUUUUUU